AGCCCACCCGGAUAACAUAGACAAACUUGGCAGGGAGCGGAUGAACUGGUUGGCUCUUUGUUCUUCUCAGCUAGACUAUCAACCUCUUUAUAUAUUUUUGCGUAUUGUCAUUCAUAUGUAUCACAUUUAUAUUUAUAUAUAAAAUACUCUUUCUUUGUGCACGCAGCUUCAGCACAGACAGAUACUUUUUAGGCUAGCAUAUUUUCCUAGUGUUUUUAGUCCAUUCUUCCCCCCACCGACGAGGUUUUAUUGGACCAAGAUAGGCGGCGCGGGCACCAAGAUGUCGAACCGGAUGGUGUGCAGAGAAGCGAGCCACGCCGGCAGCUGGUACACGGCCUCAGGAUCCCAGCUCAACGCACAACUUGAGGGCUGGUUAUCUCAAGCACAAUCUACAGUUGGUCCAGCUAGAGCCAUUAUAGCACCGCACGCUGGCUACACCUACUGCGGCGCGUGUGCCGCUCACGCCUACAAGCAGGUGGACCCCUCAAUCACUCGGAGGGUGUUCAUUCUCGGCCCCUCUCACCAUGUGCCGCUGUCUCGCUGUGCCCUCUCCCCCGCCGAGGUCUACAGAACGCCACUGUAUGACCUGAGGAUCGACCAGAAGGUUUACGCUGAUCUGUGGAAAACGGGCAUGUUUGAGAGGAUGAGUCUGCAGACAGAUGAAGAUGAACACAGCAUUGAGAUGCACCUGCCUUAUACCGCUAAAGCCAUGGAGAGCCGUAAAGAUGAAUUCAGCAUUGUUCCUGUGUUGGUGGGAGCUCUGAGUGAAUCGAAAGAGCAGGAAUAUGGCAAGCUGCUAAGCAAAUACCUGGCUGACCCCUCCAAUCUCUUCAUCAUCUCCUCUGACUUUUGCCACUGGGGUCAACGUUUCCGUUACACCUACUACGAUGAAAGUCAAGGGGAGAUCUACAGAUCGAUCGAGCACCUUGACAAAAUGGGAAUGGGAAUUAUAGAACAAUUGGACCCCAUCUCCUUUAGCAAUUAUUUGAAGAAAUAUCAUAAUACUAUUUGUGGUCGCCAUCCCAUCGGCGUUCUUCUAAAUGCCGUGGCGGAACUGAAAAAGAACGGCAUAGACAUGAACUUCUCUUUCCUGAACUAUGCGCAGUCGAGCCAGUGCCGAAGCUGGUCCGACAGCUCAGUGAGUUACGCUGCUGGAGCUCUCAUCGUUCAUUGAGGUGAACUCUCCAAGGAGCCAUGGAGCCUCCUAGAAGACCCCAUCCCUUCCCACCCGUCCUGUUCCUGUUCCCUUCCCACCUCUUCUUAUAGGAAGGACAUGCAAAGCUUGUCCCAGAUGGGAAUCCUCACACACACACCCCGAAUCCAGAUGUACCGUUAGAUACUAACCUCUUCUUCCUACAGCUUUCCCUGUACCCCGUUUUCCACAUGAGACAACCCGGAUGAUGCUAUAGCUUGAAGUUCAACCGCAGUUUUUUUGGGGGGGGGGGGGGGUGUUGCAACAAGGUCAGAUGUUUGGUUGCUUGUUUGUUUUUUUUGAUGUUGUUGUUUGUUGGGGGUCUCAAUGAGGCAGAAUUGGCCCUCCGAGGAGUUUAGGUAUCCAACGAGCCCUUGUGUAAUUUAAAAAAAAGACACACUUAAAGUUUAAACGUGAUAUUUGUCUUCCAUUGGAAAAAGGAAGUUGACAGACUGCAACAUGCCCAUGUACACCCUGAGAACUGCAUUGGUCCUGUUGUAGUUUUUAAAGGGCUACACCCACUAAAUACCCACUAACCCUCCACUGUACUGGUUAUACCAAAAAAAAAGUUUUUCUUUCAUUUAAUCUUUAUUGUAGUCAAAUUAAAGUCUUUUUUCUGAUUCUUAUAUUUUGUUCUGUUUUAUUUUUCCUUUGUGAUUUAGCUUUAUUUAGUUUUACUCUGUGUUUGAUGUAUAAUCUCAAACUGUGUGGAAACAUUUAGUAGUAAAUGAAGUCUACAGAUUGAUUUAAGAGUUUCAGACUGCCUCAAAGUAGCCAUGCUUUCCCAUCAACCCUAAAGCUUUUAAAUGGUAUUUUUGGGGGUUAUUCUUAAGCAGUUUUAUUUUCUCAUGCAAGUUAGCAGCCAUGUUUAACAGCUGAUUAGCAGUUAGUGAUGCACACCCUUACAAGGAACUGCCGGAAGGGAAUUUUCUGAACGGCGUAGGCAUUUUGUCUUGCUUUCCUCUUUAACGCGUCUAUUCUAGAGCUCCCAAAGAGCACAAUGCAGCAAGAUUUUUCCUGGAUAACCAUCAGAAGGAAAGAAAUCCGCAAGGCUCCUAUACAUCCCCCGCCAAGGUUUGAAUGUCUCAAACCGGAUCCUCAAAACAGAAUACAGACAAAACAUGUCAUACCAUGCAGAUGUGCCUUGGGUCAGUGUUAAACAUGAAUUUUUGUAUAUGUUUUCUUCGUCCUUCACCUAUUCUUGAUUUAGUUUGUCUAUUAAAUCAGUUCUUAAAAUAGGGGAAAGAGAAUCAUUAGCUUCACCCAUCACAACAACUGUUCUUGUUCUGUUCAGAUAUUUUAUGUUAGUGCCGUUUAUUAUUAUUCGAACUAUUAUUGUGGAGAAAAUGACAGUUCACAUGUUGUCAAAUCUAUGUCAAAAAUGAAUCGAAGUGCUCCUUAGCGCAGUCAUUUUUGAAUCUCAGGUUACAUUGAAGCGUUGCAGAAUUCUCGCCAGAUAUGACAAGGGUCAUGGCUAAUGUUGCAAAGAAACAAUAAAGUGUAAUGACAAAAGUUA